AUGAAAUGGCACCCGGACAAGAACCCAGGCAAUGAGGAGACUGCAAAGGUCGCAUUCCAAAAGGUGAAUGCAGCAUAUCAGCGUCUCACCACUGAGGGUGACACUGACAGCGACAGUGAGGAGAUCUUCACCGCUGCUGACAAUUUUGAGGCGGCUGCCGCCUUCUUCAUGCACAUGAUGCGGGAGAUGCGAGAGAUGGGCGAAGGAGGAGUCUUCUUCGAGCUUGGUGGCGGCUUUGGCUUCAUGGGGGGCGCCAGUUUUGGACCGAGCUCUGCACCGCGCGGCGCGGCCGGCCGGGGCCCGGGAUUCGGCUCGGCGCGGGGGGCCGGCCGCGGCCGCAGCAAACCGGCCCACACGUUCUUCGAGGAGGUGUCAGAUGACGACAAUGACUCGUAUAAUUCGGAGGAGGACAGCGAGGACCCCGACUACGGUUACUACAAGGCCCAGGAGAAACGGGAGACUGCGAGGCAGCAAGCCGAGCAGCGUGACAGGCAAAAGCGUGCGGAGGAGCUGCGGGCAAGGCAGCAGGAGCGCCAGAAGCUCUCUGAAGAGGACCGCCGUAAGAACGAGGAGAGGAUUGAGGCUGAGGCGCGCGCGAGGGCGCAGGCGCAGGAAGAGGAGGUGUUGUACAAGGUGAUCAGUCAAAUGCCGCGGCCCACCAUGGCCGAGCGCACCGAGACCUCAGUCACCCUCUCCAUGGCACGCCUCGCCAAAGCCACCGGCGGCAGCCAGCUGCCGAAGGGGUGCCUUUGGGAGAUGGAGAUGCGGCUGCAGAGUGAUUCGGUCUGGCGCUCCAUACACUCCAGCACUAGCACGGGGCCUGUCACCGCCAAUGACCUGCUCCCCGGCACCAAAUACGUCUUCCGGGCCCGCGGAGGCCGCAAGCUGCCUGACGGGAGCAUGGAGUGGGGCAAGUACUCGGAGGAGUCCUUCUACGCGACCAUGGGCCGCUCGCAGGCGCCGGCCGGGCAGGCGGCUGGGCAGGCGGCCGAGUCAGCCGGGCAACCCGGGCAGUCCAAGAAGGGCCGCCGCCGCGACGCUGCCGCCGCAGCUUCCAAGAAGCUGCAGCCGCACAAGAGCGAGGAGGUGGACCUGGACGAAGCCAAGCGCCGCCUCAGGGCUGAGAAGGAGAAGGAGGCGGCCGUGAAGGCAGCGAUGGACCGCGCGGCAGAGGACUAUCGCCGCGAGACGGAGCGGCUGGCGGCGCAGAAGGCCAAGACGGAAGAGAUGGUGGCCGAAAAAGUGCGCCGCUCGCGCAUGAAGGCCCGCAAGAAGGAGGAAGCCGUGCAGCCGCCUCCCCCCAAGGAGGAUGGGGCCCACGGGACUAACGAGCAGGCGGCCGCCCCUGCACCGCCACCGCAGCAGACUUACCGGCCGCCGCUUCCGCUGCGCAGCACAUCGGGGCUGAAUAACUACUCGGACGCCUUCGGUGACGUGCGCCGUAUCAACCCCGAGCAGCCGGGCAGCAACACAGCGGGAGGAGGCUGGGACAUGAUGGUGGAGGAGGAGAUGAGCCUGCAGGAGGCCAUCCAGCUGACCCUCGCGCUGGAGGAGUCCGAGCGCUAUGCCAAGGAGGAGGCCGCCAACAGGAGCAAGCUGCGGUUCACGGAGCAGUCCUUCCCAAGCCUGGGGGGCAACGCUGGCGACAAUGGCGGGGAGUGGGAGGCCUGGGAGGACCCGGACCCCCCGGCGCCGCCACCGCAGAAAGCGGCGCUCCCCCCGCCCAGCCAGCCGGCGUACCGCGAGAGCAAGCGCCCGGCGCCGGCGCAGGGGACCUCCGACAGCGUUAGCAGCAUGUACGCGUCCGGCAACCGGCGCAUGGCGCCCCCGCAGCCGGCAUAUGCCCCGGCCCCCGCGCCGGUGAGGCCGCAUGCGGAGCCUCCUCGCACGAGCGGUUCAGGGGUGUACACUGAGGAAGAUGUCGUCCGCCAGGUCAGAGCCCCUCCCCCGGCAGCGCAGCCGAACGGCUACGGACCUCCAGGCUUCCCCAAUGGCCACGCCAACGGCCACAAGGCUCCCACACAGCGCCCAGUGCCCAAUGGACAGGUUCCGGCCAGGCAGCCCUACAAUCCCCUGAACUCCGCCCCGCAGCAGCCCCAGAGCGCGGCAGCCUCCUAUGCGCCCCCAGCCAGCCAGCAGCUGCCGAGAGGCAACGCCGCGACGCCAAUGGCUGCACUGUUCCCCCAUCUGUUCCCAAACACUGCCACCUAAAGCUCUCAUCAGCAGCUUGUAUCUCCAGAAUCCCAGGGACAUAACAAUUGGAUUUCAUAGGAGCAACUGAGGCUCGCAUCAGCAGCUUUGCAGUUCCCAGAAAAAUGCUCAAUUGGGUUUCAGAGGAGCAACUGAGGCUCGCAUCAGCAGCUUUGCAGAUCUAGGAAACAUGCCAAAUUGGGUCUCAUAGGAGCAACUGAGGCUUGCAUAGUUGCAGAUCCCGGGGGACAUGACCCGAUUGGAUCUCACAGGUGCAACUGGCAGGCGAUUAGACUGUCUUCAUGCACCGUUAUCAGAGGCAGCAGGGCCCUCCUGUGGGAUGUGAAGCCAGAUGGGUGAGAUCAUGCAUGGCUUGCCAUGGUGAAUUCUACAGGAUUCGUGGCGGCAACAGAUACUUUUUUGGGCACAGCAUAAUUGUUUUGCCUGUACCAUAUAUGGGAUGGGAGGCAAGCAUGAGUGAAGGAAAGCGCAUGCGAUAAAACUUGCAGCAGACGGGCAUGUCAGAUACCCAGGUGCCUUUCUUCUGUCAGCUUCUGUUAUCACCUCAUUUUAGGGAACUUAGGCCGAUGCCUUUGUCAAUGUGAUCUAUGGAGGGAAGUGGCUGCAUCCAUUGCAUGCAAAUGGGACUUGACGUAGGUUUGCACAAGGUAAUGGUGUUGUCCUUCAAGCACAAGAUAGAAAACGUGUGUGUAUGUGUGUGUGCUGUAGGUAAGCAAUGGAAGGGGCAUGAGAUUUGCUUUGUAGGCCUGAGUGUGAUAUUCUGCUAAUACUGAGUAUAUGGACGUAUCUUUGAAGGCAGCCUUGUAUGUGUGGCUUGAGAAUUUUUUCAUCCAGCCAGCGUAGGUCUGGCCAGGGGAGUGGAAAAACUCGUAUUAGCAUAUCUUGAUUGAAAGAUCGUGAGGCGCUCUGAGUACUUGAGCAGGCCAGUAAGCUCAAGCCUUCAGGAUACAGUAUGACUGCCAUUCAUGACUUCGUUUCCAAAUCACAUGCAUGGUUGGGUGUGUAAUACUGCCAAUAAUGCUC